AUUUGAAGCGAAUCGAAUAGUAUAUAAAAUAGUAUUGCUUAAAUUACUAACUCAAAUAAUAUGUUGAAACUAAUUGUCUUACAGUUGCUGCUGGCAAGCUGCAGCCUUGGAUUAUUCCACGAUCAACCCAUUGAGCAAAUGGUCAUCUAUCUGCAACCUGAUGAAAUUCACGUUCAGGAUGCACUCUCGAUGAUCCAAUCGAUCUAUACCAAAAAUGGUGUGCAUAUUUAUUGUCACAACGAGGAUUCCUUGAAGAUUGGCAACAUCUUUCAGACCAUAAUUUUGCAGCUGAUAACAAAGGAGCCUAAUGCCAAGUACGCGCAAUACAAGGCUGCCACGCCUCUGGGCGUACGCCAAGCUCAUCUCGAGGGUCGCGAAUGUCACGAGGGGAAAUUAAUGUCUGGCAGAACAAAGACUGUGCAUUACAUCGGUCUGCCAGCCCAUGCUGCCGCCUGCUAUGGCAUCUACACCGAUGAGGCAUACAACCUGACCAUGUUGAAGUAUCCCGACGAUGGCGAACGUUCCACUUGGUUCGUGCUAGGUUUGAUGCUCUGGCUCUCGGCAUCGCUGAUGGGACAAAGCUUCAGCUCUUGCUAUGUCGUUGCUGUCGCUUUGGGAUUGCAUUUCACUGGCUGGGGCAUCGUUUGUGGGGCACUGAUCUUGGCUGGAGAUUAUGGCAUGAAGAGCCUGCAACCUGUGAGCACCAAUUUCAAAUUAGUGCUGGAGCGCUACCCAACAUCGGUGGCACUAAUUUUGGUCUUUGCCGCCUGGCUAAUGUACAGACUGUGUGAGGCACAUCAAUCGCUUUGGCGUUUUAAAUAUGUGCAGCAAGCGUAUUUCCGACUGCUGCGUGAUCGCUAUUACCUCAUUUUGAAUGCUUCGGAUCACAAGUAUUUCGGCUGGAUUUGUGUGGCAAUGUUGCUGCCUCAGCCAGAGCUUUACAGGUUCGUGAAACGGCUGCGGGACGAGACCAUUAGAGCCAGACGCACCUGGUUUCCGCCCCGAGCGCGAACAUUGCUUACCGAAGAAGAGUUCGAGGCUCAGACGCGCCUGGAGACCAGGCGAGCGCUGUCACAACUCCGUCAGCAGGUGCACGAAACUUCGCCGAGUUGGGAGCAAAUGGCACAUUUGCAAACCCCUUGUCGCUUUGUGCGCUUCAUGGGCAGUGGCGAUCAACGGCCUGAUGAGAAUACUGUGAACGAGGAGAUGCCAGAGAACUGCAGGACAACGCAACCAAAUGUUGAACUGCUGGAGCAUCUAACAACGGCUAUUAACAACAGUUGCUCCACUCCAUCCGUCUCCUCAACUGGUGCACACAACCAAAAUCGACACUACUCGAGAACGAUGCGCAGCCUCCGGGCGGAGCCACGCUAAAACUAUAUGCAUUUGAUAAUUGAAACCCAAUGCGAGCAACGUGACAUUUAAGGAAGCGACAAAGGCAGAGAAAGAGUCACACACAAUAUGAGGGAAAUUGCCUUGAGGCCAACAACACGAAAAACGAAUUCGAUUUGCUGCAGCAACAAACGAAACGUGACACGACACACACAAUUGAAGGAGGCCUAAUAGUUAAGUCCACACUGCCUCACAAGGAAGCCGAGCGAAACACUUUCUCUAAUCAAAACAAUUAUUACAGUUUCAAUAUUUUUGUUAGUUCUAAGAGUUAAAUUCAAUUGUUUGAAAAUAAAUGUUUUACACU